AUGAUGAUGUUCAUGCGGAAAGGCACUUUAGGAGCUACGGCUUCUUCUUCUGCUAUUUGGCUUCUUCUUCAACAACAUAUGGAAAUGGGUAUCUUUCCUUUUCCUCCUAAUUUCCCUUCUUUCUUGCUCUUCAAUCACCACCACAUCACCACUUCUGCUUGUACUGAGAAACCUUCUUUACCUCAAAAACAUUGUGGGUUUGGUAGUAAUACUAGCAAUGACAUUAGUAUUGAUGAUGCCUUGACUUCAUUCUAUCGCAUGGUCCGCAUGAAUCCUAGGCCCUCUGUUGUGGAAUUUGGCAAAUUCUUAGGGUCCAUUGCCAAAAAGAAACAGUAUUCCUCUGCUGUCUCUUUGUGCAAUCAAAUGGAUUUGUUCGGGGUUACCCAUAAUGUUUAUUCUCUAAAUGUAUUGAUUAACUGCCUUUGUCGCUUGAGCCAUGUUGAUUUUGCUGUCUCUGUCAUGGGUAAGAUGUUUAAACUAGGUAUUCAACCUGAUGCUAUCACAUUCAAUACACUCAUAAAUGGGCUCUGCAAUGAGGGGAAGAUUAAAGAGGCAGUAGGAUUGUUUAACGAGAUGGUAUGGAGUGGGCAUGAGCCCAAUGUGAUUAGCUAUAAUACUGUAAUCAAUGGUUUGUGCAAAAAUGGCAACACAAUUAUGGCUGUUCGCGUGUUCAGGAAGAUGGAGCAAAAUCGCGGUAAACCAAAUGUGGUGACAUAUAAUACAAUCAUAGACAGCCUUUGCAAAGAUAGGCUCGUUAAUGAGGCCGUGGAAUUCUUAUCUGAAAUGGUUGAUCGGGGCAUUCCACCAGAUGUUGUUACUUACAACACGAUACUCCAUGGUUUCUGCAGUUUAGGACAGUUAAAUGAAGCAACUAGACUGUUCAAAGAAAUGGUUGGUAGGAAUGUUAUGCCAGAUACUGUGACCUUCAAUAUUUUGGUUGAUGGACUCUGCAAAGAAGGGAUGGUUUCAGAAGCUCGGUGUGUCUCUGAAACGAUGACCGAAAAAGGUGCUGAGCCAAAUGCUUACACCUACAAUGCCUUGAUGGAUGGGUAUUGUUUACACAACCAAAUGGAUGAGGCCAUAAAAGUGCUUGGCAUCAUGAUUGGCAAGGGUUGUGCUCCUAAUUUAAGUAGUUACAACAUCUUGAUCAAUGGAUAUUGCAAGAGUAAAAGGAUGAAUGAGGCAAAAAGAUUGCUUUCUGAAAUGUCUGAAAAAAAUUUGACUCCUGACACUGUCACUUACAGCACUCUUAUGCAAGGUCUGUGCCAAGUAGGGAGACCUCGGGAAGCUUUAAAUCUUUUCAAGGAGAUGUGUUCUUCUGGCCUGCUUCCAGAUUUGAUGGCUUACUCUAUUUUGCUAGAUGGCUUCUGCAAACAUGGACAUCUGGAUGAGGCAUUAAAAUUGCUCAAGGAAAUGCAUGAGAGGAGAAUAAAACCUAAUAUCAUCCUUUAUACAAUUCUUAUUCGAGGCAUGUUUAUUGCUGGGAAGCUUGAAGUUGCGAAGGAACUAUUUUCCAAGCUUUCUGCAGAUGGAAUACGACCUGAUAUAUGGACAUACAAUGUCAUGAUCAAGGGACUUCUUAAGGAAGGGCUGUCAGAUGAAGCAUACGAAUUCUUUAGAAAAAUGGAAGAUGAUGGUUUCUUGCCAGAUAGUUGCUCUUACAAUGUUAUCAUUCAGGGAUUUCUUCAAAAUCAGGACUCAUCAACUGCUAUACAACUUAUUGAUGAAAUGGUUGGUAAAAGAUUCUCAGCAGAUUCAUCUACAUUUCAGAUGUUAUUGGAUCUGGAAUCACAUGAUGAAAUCAUAAGCCGAUUUAUGCGUGGAAGCUCUCAACAUACAAAAAUGAAUGACUAG